CGGGCCGUUGCGCCGUAACGGGAAGGGCGGCGCGGCGGCGGCGGCCCCUUUCCUCCGCGGCGUCUCGGCGGCCGGCACCGGGCUCCCUGCCGGCGGCGGGGGCGAUGAUGAUGGCGUACUUUGUGGAGAGCUUCUGGGGAGAAAGGAACAAUGGCUUUGAUGUCCUCUAUCACAACAUGAAACAUGGACAUUUGUCAACAAAAGACUUGGCAGACUUUAUAAGAGAAAGGGCUACAAUAGAGGAGGCAUAUUCAAGGUCAAUGACAAAACUAGCCAAAUCUGCGAGCAAUUACACACAACUCGGGACAUUUGCUCCAGUUUGGGAUGUUUUCAAAACCUCAACAGAAAAACUAGCAAGCUGUCACUUGGAUCUUGUGCGGAGAUUACAAGAGCUAAUAAAAGAAGUUCAUAAGUAUGGAGAUGAACAAAUCAAAGCUUAUAAAAAGACUAAAGAUGAUGUUUCGGGAACAUUGGAAGCUGUGCAAAAUAUUCAAAGUAUCACUCAGGCCUUACAGAAAUCAAAGGAAAACUACAAUGCAAAGUGUGUCGAACAAGAACGUUUGAAAAAGGAAGGAGCAACACAGAGAGAAGUUGAUAAGGCAGCGGUUAAAUCAAAAAAAGCUACAGAUACCUACAAACUAUAUGUAGAGAAAUAUGCUGCAUUUAAAUCUGAUUUUGAACAGAAAAUGACAGAAACUGCACAGAAAUUUCAAGACAUUGAAGAAACACACCUUCUUCGUAUGAAAGAGAUUAUAGAAUCAUUGUCAAAUACCAUAAAAGAAAUUAAUUUACAGAUAGGAGAGGUGCAUGAAGAAUUUAUUAAUAACAUGGCAAAUACUACAGUUGAGAGUUUAAUACAGAAAUUUGCUGAGUCAAAAGGAACUGGCAAGGAAAGACCUGGCCCUAUUGAGUUUGAAGAAUGUAACACAUCCAGUGCAGUUGAAGGGCUAAAACCACGGAAGAGGAAGCCUUUUGGUUUAUCCGGAAUAAUGAAAAAAGAAAAAGAUACUGAAUCUGUGGAGUGUCCAGAUGCAGACUCAGUUAAUAUUCCUGAUGUAGAUGAUGAAGGAUACAGCAUUAAACCAGAAGCAACACAGGAUACCAAAGAGAACCAUUUCUAUUCAUCCAGUGAUUCAGACUCUGAAGACGAUGAACCCAGGAGGUUCCAUGUAGAAAUAAAACCUGUCCAGCCAAAUAAUAGCUCUCAAUAUACCAAGCCUUCCUUGGAUGAAUUAAAAGUAUCCAUAGGGAACAUCACUCUUUCUCCAGCAAUAUCUCAGAGGCACAGUCCUGCACUAAUGAAUCGAAAUUCAUCCAGUGAGGAGUUAACAAAAUCAAAGCUUUCUGCUCCAACUAAUGAAAAGGGGAACAGUGACCUCCUGGCAUGGGAUCCACUCUUCAGCAGUUCUCUUGAAUCUUCCUCUUCAGCUUCCUUGGCAUCCUCAUCCUCCUCAGCAAGACCCACAACUCCUCUUUCUGUAGGCACCAUUGUACCCCCUCCAAGGCCUGCUUCAAGACCAAAGCUGUCUGCUGGGAAACUUAGUGGGAUUAAUGAAAUACCUAGGCCGUUCAGUCCUCCAUUGACCUCUAACUCAAGUCCACCUCCUGCAGCUCCCUUGGCACGUGCAGAGAGCAUUUCCUCAAUAUCCUCUUCUGCUUCCCUCAGUGCAGCAAACACACCUACAGUUGCGGAUGAUCUUUUGAUUGGAAAUCUUCCUACAAUUGAAAAGCUUUGUGAGACACCACCAGGUGUUUCACGUGGUCCCAGCCCUGUCAGCCUUGGAAACCAGGACACCUUGCCUGUUGCAGUAGCCCUUACUGAAUCUGUUAACGCCUACUUUAAAGGAGCAGAUCCCACAAAAUGUAUUGUGAAGAUUACCGGUGAUAUGACAGUAUCGUUCCCAAGUGGGAUUAUUAAAGUAUUCACCAGCAACCCAUCUCCAGCUGUGCUGUGCUUCAGGGUGAAAAACACAAGCAAACUAGAGCAGAUUCUUCCAAACGCACAACUUGUAUACAGUGAUCAGUCACAAAGUGACUCCAGUACUAAGGAUUUUUGGAUGAACAUGCAAGCUAUAACUGUCUACCUCAAGAAAUUAUCAGAGCAGAAUCCAUCUGCAUCAUAUUACAAUGUGGAUGUUUUAAAGUAUCAGGUAUCUUCAAAUGGCAUCCAGUCCACUCCCUUGAAUCUUGCAACUUACUGGAAAUGUAAUGCUAGCACUACUGAUGUGAGAGUGGAUUAUAAAUACAAUCCAGAGUCUAUGAAUGUGCCUACUAUGCUGUCUAAUGUCCAGGUUGUGGUACCAGUAGAUGGAGGAGUAACAAACAUGCAAUCACUUCCACCUGCAAAAUGGAAUGCAGACCAGAUGAAAGCACAUUGGAAAAUAUCUAGCAUUUCGGACAAGUCUGAGAAUGGAGGUUCUGGAUCCCUUAGGGCAAAAUUUGAACUUUCAGAGGGACCCAGUAAACCAGCAACACUUGCAGUGCAGUUCAUUAGUGAAGGAAGCACCCUUUCAGGAGUAGAUGUGGAGCUCGUUGGCAUUGGCUAUCGGCUUUCCCUCCUUAAGAAGAGGUUUGCCACUGGACGGUAUAUGGCAGACUGCUGAUGUACCUGUGAAAGUCAUUGGAACAAAGGAGUGCAAGAAGCUCAAACGUUGACCUACUUUGAGGCUGAACUACAGAACAGAAAAUGCACUUUUAAAAGUCAUUUUGCAAACUUAUUACUUUAUAAUAGCACUGAAGUUGACUUCAACACUGUCUGUAAAUGAUCAACUGCAAUAUUUGGGAAAAUUUGUUGAAAUUUUAGUAAAUUUAUAUAGAUGAAGUCAGAUAGUAGUCCAUAGUUGUAAUGAAAGUAUGAAAUUGUAUUUUAUGCUGUAAACACUAAACCUAAAAAAGUACGAGAGCAAGUAAGAAAUAUUUGCGCUUUCCAUAAGUAAUAUUCAUUUUUCAUAUUCUUCUAAUUGACACUUUUUAAAAAAGCAGAGGCAAAGUCUCAUGUAGUUUGUCUGUCCACUCAUGACACAAAACCAGUUGAGUUAGUGAUGUAUAAAAGCAAUGUAACUUGAUGGCCGUGUAUCAUAUAUUAUUAACAUGUAAGUUGGUUUAUAUAGGGGUUUUUUCCGAAGUGCAAUGUGUUACAAAAUUGCAAAAGACAGCAGAAAUUUAUUUCUGCAGUUAGUAAAUUUUAUGGGCGUUUGAAUUGUUUCCAUUAAUGCUGUAGAUUUAAUUUAUUUUUAUAUGAAUUGCAUAACAUUUGUGCCUUUAAAAAAGCCUGUGCCUAUCCAAUUUGUUAUUCAUGUGCCUCACUUCCUUUUUCAAAGUUUGGCUCUUAAUCAAGAAAGCACAGUGUUUGUAUAAUACACACAACUUUAUAAAAAUUCCUUUGACUGGGAUUUAUUUAGAAGGCAGAUUUGCAAAAACUGGGGAUUAUUAUAAAAGAAGUUUAAAAUACUGGAUUACUUCCUCAUGGGGUAAUUGCAAUAAAUGCGGUUGUAGUAAAGGGAGAUGCAUCGUGCAGGACUUUGAAAUGUGGAGAUUUAAUGGUAACUUUAAUGUCACCAAAGAUGAGAUUCCUGAAAAAUCACCGAAGAUGGUAAAAGCAAACUUGUAAAAGUGAACAGCAUUUCCUUUCACUUUGACUGCAAGUCUUUGGACUUUUGAGUGCUUUUGGGGUUGCGUGAUGUGAAUGUAAAUAUAGUACUUUGGAAGGAGUAGCAUUAUAGAAGGGUAUUUUAUGGCAGCAGGAUGACAAGUGCUGCCACGUCUAUUAGUUUAAUGUUUUUCUAUAGCUACCGAUUUCAAUAUUUGUAUUGUCAUCUAAUCUGCUUGCCACAGCCUAAGCACAGGGAAGUGACACGUUAGUAAUAUUUUUUAAAGUCACUAAUUUAGAAAAUCUUCUAUGUUUUUAUAUUAUCAAGUGUUCUUUCAAUGCCAAAAUCAAAAGUAUUGGGGCAAAAUAAUUCAAUAAACUGCAUGUGGGAAUUUCAUGUGACCAUUUUGAACACCAGUAUCGAUUUCAAAUUCUGUAUUAAAACAAUAAAACAUGCUUGAACUAA